AUGAAAGAAUUCGCCGUAAGCCAACACCGGGUCUCACGUCGGCGACGGUACGGUGACGUGACGUCACAACGCAAGUGUUGUUCGCAAUUUCGCAUAUCCCGUUGCUCGCACCGCAAACCCGAACCCGGAAUCGUCACGAGCAGUUGUCUCCCCCCCCCCCCCUCCCCCUGUACCCCUCCAAAACCCCCCUUCCCCUCCAACCUGAGCGGCGUCGUCAAACGACUCGGCCCG